AUGCUUGGUUGUAUGGACAUAGACCUUGCAUUAAGGGAAGAACAACCUGCACCUUUCCCUGCGGAAAGCACCCAUAAUGUUAAGAGGGAUUUUGAGAGGUGGGAUCGUUCAAAUCGUAUGAGUCUAAUGAUCAUGAAACACAGCAUUCUAGAAGCUUUUAGGGGCACAGAAUCUGAAGAGAUUACUCAGGCUAAGGGUUUCCUUAAUGAAAUUGAGAAACGUUUUGCUAAAAACGAUAAGGUUGAGAUCACAUCACUUCUGACUUCUUUGAUGUCUAUGAAGUAUAGGGGUCAAGAAAACGUAAGGGAGUACAUUAUGGAGAUGUUCCAUACUGCUUCAAGACUUAAGGCACUUAAGAUCGAGCUUUCUAAGGAAUUGAUUAUUCUUAUGGUUUUGGUAUCUCUUCCUGCAUAA